CGCGCAAUGUGGGUUUAGUGUUCGGUUAAGUCUCCGACACAGAGGAGAUUAUCCCAAGCUUCAAUCCACCAUACUUCGGACAAGUUACUGCAGUAAGUCCUUCGAAUCGAUCCCUUGCUGACGUCAAUGUUAAAAAGACGCAGAGAAAUUGCAAUAAAUAGCAACAAUCAGAGAGAAACGUGUGUGGGUUUUGAUACCUGAACUCUAGUAGCGCUGUUGAAAGUGCAACCAGUCAAAAAAUUGGUGCUGUUUGUUUGUUUUAUGGCAAGUGAAAAAUUGCUUGUUGUUGUGGAGACACUUCUGGUUUGUAAUACGUAUUAUUUUUGCUACGAUGUGUGUGCUAAUUUGAGGUUUUAUGCUUAGACAACUCCUUAUCGUAUUACAUUGGAUUGCAAAUGAGGCGUUAUGCAACUGUAGCAAAAAUGGAAGGAGAAUCACUUUGAUGUAUUUUCUUAAAAGUGGAGAAUGGCAAAAAUAGUGCAAUAAACACAUAACUGCUUGUAAAAGGCAGGCGUCUCAUAAUUUUGUGAUAACAUCCGCAGUUUGUUUACAUUUUGUUUUACGCUUAGACACCUCUUCUUCGUAUUGGAUAAAGACCUGUGGUAUUCUGAAAAAAGUGAUUUCCUUCUUAUCGAAGUAGAUAAAUUAUCCUGUGUCGUGGCGCCGAAAAUAAUGGAAACAACACUUCCAAAUUCCAUUUAUAGAUUGCCGUGAACGCGAAAAGAUGAGAGAAAGCGAAAAAGGGGUCAUUCUGUGUCCCUUCUUCCUGUCACGGAAUUCACCCUGAAUCCGUUAUCACACAAGUCAGCUGUUUCUUACACAUCCCAUCUGUAUCACUGAAGAAUGCACAGUAAAUGACAAAGAUGUUCAAGCGAUACCCAAAGUAUACACCGGGCCAGGAACUAGCCACGAAAUUCUGGUGGAGCAUCACGCAGCUGGCAGCCACGGCGGUGCACGAUAUUUUCAUCCUCGUGUAUUCCUCUCUGCCCAACACCAAGAACGGCAGCGUGAGCGUCAGCGACUAUCUCGAGAAGGCCAAGAAGAAGCACGUUCUGCAGGAGCUUCACGAUGGAGGCUUUGACAUCGCCAAUUUCAAAGUCAGUCCAAAGAAGGCCGUCUUCUACGACCUUCAGGCUAUACGCAAAAUUCUCGACCACGUGAUGGCCAAACCACAGCAUGCUGAGGAACUGAACACCUUCAGACAAUUGGUGAAGAAGCUCGUCUACUUGAGAAACGCCCUGAGUCACCACAAGAUGAGAUCCACGAGCAUCCUCCAGCUCAUGAAGGACCUGGAGGAAGUGAAGGACAUCCUCUGGGAACUUUACAACCUGGCGGCGGAGGUGUCGGGAGGGACAAAGGCAGACACUGACCGAGCCUACCAUCUCUUGGAGCAGGAAUUAGACAGCCUCGUGUCCCCUGCCUCGAUUGCCGUUUGUCUCGGGUGUUCCGAAGAGCUGAAGUCAAAGGCAAAUGAGGACACUGAGGAAUAUGGGAAGAUGGGUGAACCUGGGCAGAACAAAGAUUACCAGAAGACCAAAGAAAAUAACAAUAUGGAAGGAUAUAGAACAAUCAAAGAAAAUGGAAAAGCCAUAGAAAAUAGGGCAGACAAAGGAAGUGCGAAUGUAGUAGGAAGAGACUCCAACGACUUGAAUGGUAUCAGUAGCAUCAGAACUAAUGAAAGAAAUGGAAAAACAUGCCUUCACAUCCAGCACAUGAUAGCUGCGCAGGAAGAAGGGAAAGAAGAUGCAAGAGACAGAUCCAGCAGCAGCGAGGAAGAAGUCCUAUCGUCCUCCGACACUGCGAGCUCCCCCGAGGAUUCCGAGUCCGACGCGCCCCUGCAAAACCGGGAAGAAGGACGAGACUUUCCAGCGGUCGAGGCAGAGGAGAGCUGCAGCAGUGACAGCGGCGAAACUCGUGAUGAAUGCAGCAGAGAUGAAGUUCAGUGCAAUGGAGACACCUUCCUUCUUGAACCAGAGUCAAAACCGGAUUCUCAAAGCGGAAAAGAGACAUCAUGUAUUUUUCUUACAGAGAUAGAUCAAAGCAACGAGAACUGCAGUAACAUCUUUAAAGGUGGCAUCAGCCCUGAUAACGGGACAGAGCCAGCUGUGCUUCCUAUUCAGUUGAUAGUGACACAACAUGAAAACAGCAGAGAAGAUACGAGCAGUAGCAGCGAGGAGGUACCAUCACUCCUAAAAGCUUCUUGUUCUUAUACUUUCCUUGGAGAGUCUCAGGUAGACUCGUUCCAACAAUAUAAAAGAGAUACACUUGAAAUAGAUACACUUGGCACUUUAGGCGUCAAGGCAGCUGGCGGCUCUGUCGGCUACGGCAGUGACAGCGGGGAAACAAUAGACAGCUGCAGUAGUGAAGAGAUCUUUACCUUAAUUCAAGGCAAUGAUACAAAACCAUCGAAUAAAGAUUAUGUUGAAGCAGACACGCCCCAGGGAAACGAAGGAAAUGCACCAGAUACUUCAUGUACCGCCACUCAGACAGACGCUAGUUACAGCAGCUACGAAGAGGACCUCUUAAUUCCCCAAAACAGCAACGUCGACCCGAUCUCUACCCGCCAGGACACCACGGAGCAUUUCGAGAAGAACCCACCGUCCUCCGAUCCUCAGCAUUUGAUACAUCCGAUGAAGUUUUUUUUAAUCGUCAUCUUAUUUUCUCGCGUUGGGUGUUUCUUCUGGAUUCUGAGACUCUUUGAGGUGAUGGCCGCCAUGUUCGUUGUGGUUUACAUUGGCAUCCAGUUUGUGUUCCUCCUGGCGACGGUUGUGGUCGUGAUGGACAGACAUUUGCAUGGAAGUCGUGCGGCGUCUUUGAAUAUGCCCGUCAGGGGUAUAUCCAGGCUUUGAGGAGUGUGUAUGCGUAUGAAUAUGCAUAUAUUUGUGUAAACACACACAAAUACGAAUAUGUGUGUGUGUGU